AUGAAAAUUUGUGAAAAUUUAUAUUUAAAAAGACAAAUACACAUAUUUGUUGAAGGGUCCGUUAAUACUACUGCCUAUGUUGGUGAUACAGUUAUUUUAAAAUGUCAUGUUGAAAAUCAAGAGGGAACAGUUCAAUGGCUUCUUGAAGGUUUAGGUUUAAGAACAGAAAGAGAUCUUCCAAUGUUUUCACAAUUUAGAAUGGUUGGAAGUCCAAUGAAAGGAGAAUAUGAUUUGGAGAUAACAAUGUUACAGGAUGGGAUGAUGGUUUUUAUGAAUGUCAAUCAUGGAAAAAAACAUAAGAAUGGUGAUUUAAUUUUUGCAAAAGAAGGUGUUCCAAUAGAAGAAAUAUGUUUCCUAUCAAAAACUCAUCCAACACCUAAAUUUUAUUGGGUUAUAACAAAAUCUGGUACAUUAGAUAAUAUUCUUUCAUGGAUUGGUAAUGGUAUACCAGAUGUUACAAUUGAUAGUGACAAUGAUACUUUAAAACAAAUUAAUAAAAUUAAACUUUUAUGUAAUGUCAAUUCAAAACCAGAACAUAGUGGUUCAAAUUUUACAAUUAAAAAUGUACAAAAGUGGCAAACAGGUGAAUAUGAGUGUGUAGCUACAAAUAAUGAUUUUAAACCAGUAAUACUUUCACAUAAUUUAUUUAUUGAAGGUGAUUUUCAAGUACGUGCAAAUGAUACAGUAUUUGUUAAUCAUGAAUCAAUAGCAACAUUGUCAUGUGAAUUUCAUGGAUAUCCAAAACCUGGUGAUAUUAUAUGGACAUUUAAUGGUGAAAAUAUUAUCACUGGUAAACCAAGUAAAAGGUUUAAUGUUAUUCAAAUUGAUAAAAAUUUUGGUGUUGAUAGUAAAUUAAUUAUUUAUAAUCUUGAAAGUAAAGAUAUAAGUAAUUAUAAUUGUACUGCUUCAACAAUAUAUACAACUGUAACAGCAACUAUAUCAUUACGUUCAUAUACUAUUAUAAAAAAGAAAACAAUAUAUCGAUUAAGAAAUAAAAAAUAUGUUAGUGAUAUACAAGUUGAAUGUCCUGCUGUUGAUGAUAUUAAUUUUGUCUCUGUAGAAUUAUUACGUAAAGAAAGAACAAAUUCAUUUGGUGCAUCAACAUAUAAUAAAGCAUAUAAUUCAAUAAGUUAA